AUGGCGGCGAAGGUAUGGGUGGUAACAAUGGUGCUAUUGUACCGCUUUUGCGCAGGGUUUGGAACUGGAGGCGAUCAGGCAACCGAUGUCCUUUGUUUGGGCUCGCUGGACUACAACGACGCGCUGGCCAAGGCCAUCCAGUUCUUUGAGGGGCAGCGGUCGGGGCGGCUGCCAGCAAACCAGAGAACCAGGUGGCGCGGGAACUCUGCAGUCGCCGACGGCCGACAAGAAAAUGUUAACCUGACUGGUGGCUACUACGACGCCGGCGAUAACGUCAAAUUCGGGUUCCCGAUGGCAUUCACCGUCACCCUCCUGAGCUGGAGCGCCAUCGAGUACCAGGGCGACAUCGCGGCGGCGGGGCAGCUGGGCAACCUCCGGACAGCGAUCCAGUGGGGCGCAGAUUUCCUGCUCCGUGCACACACGUCUCCCACUACCCUCUACACCCAGGUUGGGGAUGGGAACGCCGACCACGAGUGCUGGGAGCGGCCGGAAGACAUGGACACCCCUAGGACUCUGUACAAGAUCACCGCGGACACCCCUGGGUCGGAGGCCGCCGGCGAGGCGGCAGCGGCGCUCGCGGCAGCCUACCUGGUCUUCAAGGACGACAGCGACAAGGGCUUCGCUUCGCGACUCCUGGCCGCUUCCAGAUCGCUCUUCGAGUUUGCCAACAAUUACAGGGGAUCCUUCCAGUCGUCCUGCCCCUUUUACUGCUCCUACUCCGGCUUCCAGGAUGAGCUACUCUGGUCCUCGGCUUGGCUCUACCGGGCGACCAAGGACGCCCAGUACCUCGACUUCCUGAGUGACAACCAGGGCUCCAGCAACCCUGUGAAUGAGUUCAGCUGGGACAACAAACAGGCUGGGGCUCAGAUGCUCGCCACACAGGAGUAUUUGGGAGGAAAGACAGAGCUAGCAAGGUACAAGGCCAACCUGGAUUCCUUGGUCUGCGCCCUUAUGCCUAACAGCGGCAACGUGCAGAUACAGACAACUCCUGGAGGGCUUCUCUUUACACGCGAUUCGGUCAAUAUGCAGUACACCACCACCGCGGCUCUCAUCCUGUCCAUCUACUCCAAGGCGCUCAAGUCCUCGGGCUACGACAGAGUCCGCUGCAGCGCUGCAACCUUCUCUCAAGAUCAGAUUGCUUCAUUUGCCGCAUCACAGGUCGAUUACAUCCUGGGGAAGAACCCCAUGGGAAUGUCCUACAUGGUAGGGUUCAGCGACAUGUUCCCCAUGCGAAUUCACCACCGCGGCUCAUCCAUCCCUUCCAUCAAGGUUCUAAGCAGGACGGUCCCCUGCAAAGAAGGGUUCUCUUCAUGGUUACCGACGAGUGACCCGAACCCGAAUAUCCACGUCGGUGCGAUCGUCGGAGGACCUGAUGGUAAUGACCAGUUCAGCGACAGCAGGGGGGAUUCCUCACACUCCGAGCCAGCGACGUACAUCAACGCAGCCUUUGUUGGUGCCUGUGCCGCUGCUAUGGGGCAGAAGCAGUCCGUGAAGUUGGAGGAGCCUGUCAACGACCUAGCGCCAACUUCAUCAUACUAGACCAAAAUGAUAUGCACAUGCAAGAAACAAUAUUAUGUCAUGU